UUUAUGUUAAAGCCCAUAGUCACAUGCCAAGUAAGUGCUUUGAAGGCCUCUUUGUUCAGGCUCUGAAUGUUUCGGAUUUCAUUCCAUCCGCAUGACUUCCUGCUCCGGCGUAACUUUCAGAACGCCUGUAGACGAUGAAUAGCUUGCUCUAUUUCUAUUUACUUGACUCAGGUACUCUCGAGGUGAUUCCAGGAUACUCCUAUGGUUGGAGAAAUGCCCUAAGAAGGAAACUACAGCCUUCAGCUUCUCAUUCACCUACAAAGCAACCAACUCCUCACUGCAUGCGUGAGUGAAUCAGGAAGUCUCAUUGACGAAGGCUCGCUCGUGACUCGACCCAGUUCGCCGCCCGCCUUGUCUCGCCCGUCUUGCCGAUGAGGCAAGCUGGAGCUUUAUCAAGCCCACGAUCACGACUCCGCAACUCUAUCCUCUAUCCUCUCUCCUCUCCUCGUUUCUCACAGCAACCACCAACAUCGACCUCUGCCUUCACCUCUACUUUUACAUAUGACCCCCUACAAAACAAAAGAAUUUUACCUCCGAGCGUCCUGAUUUUUACCGUCGCCGCCCCGCCUUCUACGUAUUUCUGGAAAUCGCCUUCAGCUUGCAGUCGUAAUCCAGGGCGGCCUACUGACUACUGUACCUUCCGUACCGCAAUCAAGCAAGCGAGCGGCGCUAACAGCACAGCUUACCUUAUCGACACUCGACAGACAGCCGUGAGCUCGGGCUCCCCCAAGGCAACACCUGCACCUCCUCACCUCGAUCCCCUCCCCUCACCCUCACCCUCACCCUCACCCUCACCUCCUCGACCGCUCUCCAUCCUUCCUCCUCCUCCUCCUCCUUCAUCCAACCUCAACUCUACUCUGCUUGCAAGAAUACCCAUAACGGUUACUUCUUGCACUGCCACUUUGAUACUUCCCAAGAUUUCAACAGCUGCGAGCAUACAGUUCGUCUUCCCCACCUCACCUGAGACGCUUGUUGCACGUCACCGCUUGACCUCCAAGCUGACACAGUACAGCCUCAUACCCACCGCAGUCAUGGCGUCGACUACGCCUACAACCGCAGAUACUCUGGUCACCUUGAAGAUCAAUAUCGAGGGCACCAACCGUCGAUUCAAGCUCCCACUCCGUGAUCUAGUACCCAGCACUCUUCCGGAUAAGCUCCGCUUCCUCCUCGCAAUCCCUCCUUCCGUCGAGGCUAUCUUCGAACGUUACUCCGAUAGCGCCGCUGCAUUCAUUGUCCUCGACCCAAACAAUACCUCCGUCUACAAGCAACUCUACCGCGCUGCAAAGGCCAAGCUAAAGCUUCGUCUCAAGGUCACUAUCAAGGAAAAGGAGCUUGUCACCCCUAAACCUGCUACUGUCGAGGACGAGGAGCCAAAUCCAGUCAGCCCAGUUGAGGAGGAGCCUGCCCAGAUUGAGCCAACUCCAGAGGCGACUCCAGCUCCUGCAACAGAAUCGUCUGUCAGCUAUCCGGAGAAGACCGUCUAUCCAGGAAGCGUUGCUGAGAUCCAGAAAGGAUUCGAGGAGCUCUUGAUCGCCAGCAACGAACAUUCGAAGUCCACCUUCAAAUCUUUCGCCCAGCCAUCAAGUAGCUCUACCUGCUGCAGUCAGUUCAAUAAAGAUACAGCCAAUAUGCUCCAUCAUAAGGAGGCUCCCAGAAUGAACACUUGCUCGAGCAGCGAGAUCCCGGUCACCCGUGGAACUGCUGCCCGUGAUAAGUGGUUUGCUGAGCUUGCUGGCCUGUCCAAUUUGGCCAGCGACCGUACAACGAGUCCCUGCGUUCCUAUCGUACCAGCUUCCCCAAGUCCAGGAACCGUCAGUAUCUACUCGGUCUACUGCAACAACUGCCAGGUCACAACCUCCAAUGCACACUAUCACUGCAGCACUUGCGAUGAUGGUGACUUCGAUCUCUGCCAAGCUUGUGUCGACAAUGGUGUUACCUGCAGUGGCGAUGAUCACUGGAUGAUCAAGCGUUUCGUCAAGAAUGGACGAGUUAUCAACAGCACUACUGAGACAAUUGCACCAAAGUCCAGCCUUGGAGAGAAGAAAGAAACUUGUGUUGUCUCUGAGGAGCCAAUUGCUACCCGUACUUGCAACUCUUGCAUUAAUGAACUCUCAGAGGAGAACUUCGUUACUUGCACUUCUUGCCCCGACUACGACUUGUGCAUUCCCUGCCAUGUCAGCUUGGAGCAUGGACAUCACCCCAAGCAUGCUUUUGAGCCAGCUGUUGAGGAUACUACUCUUGACUUGGUUGCUAAUACUCUUCUUGCUCCUGGCCGAAACACUGGUCACAAUGCUAUCUGUGAUGGCUGUGACAAGUAUAUUUACGGCGUUCGCCACAAGUGCCUUGACUGCCCAGAUUGGGACUUCUGCUCUGCAUGCCACCCGAAUGCUAGCUUCAUCCACCCCGGCCACCGAUUUGUUCCAAUCUACGAGCCUCUUAAUGAUAUCUCCGCCAUGUCAAGAUCAUUUGCUACUCGUGCUCGCCACCACGGCAUCUACUGUGAUGGCCCGCUUUGCAACUCCGGCAAUGGACAAUCAUUCAUCAGGGGCGACCGAUACAAGUGCGCUGUCUGCCAUGACACCGACUUCUGUGCGAACUGCGAGGCCAGCCCAUCGAACCGCCACAAUCGAACUCAUCCUCUCAUCAAGUUCAAGACUCCUGUACGAAACGUCAGUGUCACAACUCUUGGUGAUCAUGAGGAUGGUCAGCGUAUGCCAGUCAUGGGUGACCGCCGUGGGCGCUCCAGCACGUCGAAAUCUACUGAGACCACACCUGCUCAAUCAUCUAACGCUGCUACUCAGGUCCAGACCGUUGCUGAGCUCAAGCCAUCUGAGCCAGUGAAGGUCGAGGAGACCCCAGUCAAGGCCGAGAAGGUCCCAGAGGUCAAGAAGGAGGAGGCCAAAGAACUCCCUGCAGCUGCUUUGAAGGAGGAUCUUAUUGCUUACUUCGUUCGUGAUGUCAUUGCUGAUGGUACCAUCAUGCCACCGAAUACUGUCUUCGAGCAAACCUGGUAUCUUCGCAACGGCGGUAAUACAUCCUGGCCCGCUGGAUGUACUGUUAAGUUUGUUGGAGGCGACAAUAUGUGUGCCGUUGAUCCUGAGCAUCCAGCCAGUGUUCACGAGCUUGUGUCCGCUGCUGAGAGCACUACUUGCUACACUGAGGUUGCCCCAGGUCAAGAAGCUGGUUUCACCGUUUUGAUGAGAACCCCAAGCCGUGCCGGUAACUCUAUCUCCUACUGGCGCCUGACUGGCCCUGAUGGAGACAAGUUCGGCCACCGACUGUGGUGUGACGUCAACGUUCAGAUCCCAGAGCCAGUAAUUAAGGAGGAACCAAAGCCUGCUGAUACCAAGGUUGAAGCCGAAGGUAGCCAGAUGAUCUUCCCCAAACUGGAGAAGGAGUCUCCAGCUUCCAGCAUCCACGAGCCGGCACCUGCUGCUCCCGCUGCAUCUAGCGCUGCUCAAGAUGAGGUAGACGAGUUCGAGGAAUUCGUUGAUGAGUCCAUCGAUGACGAUGAGACCGAGGAUGGCUUCCUCACUGAUGAUGAGUACGAUAUCUUGGACGCCAGCGAUGAGGAGAUGAUCGCUGAGCAGUCCAAGCUUCUCAAGAAGUAA